AUGCGGCAUGGUAGCCGACACGACUCGGGACGUCGCGCGGUGAUCCGCCGCACGCGGUGGGCCGGGUUCGCCCCGGUGGCGGGAGUUACCGGGGGCAAAGCAAAUGCGGGAACAAAGUUAAUUUCUCGCGAGGAUAUUAUCCACUUUCGCGGCAAUUUAAGGGCGUUGAAACGCGCACGGCGGACUGCGCAAGAUGGCCGACGAUUUCCGUUCACCGAUUGGCGAGUACAGGGCGCGCUAUUUGACUGGCGGUUGGUGGUUCUGCGGCACAACUCCGAACUAGAACGUCAAGAAAUGAGGAUACCACUCGUCAACGAGAAUUUAUUCGGUUUGAUCGUCGCCAUUCCGAGGCUCAUUUCCCGAUUGGAGAAUUUUCUCGAAAUAAGAGUACAGGAUGAGAAGAUAAUUCCAAUAUCCACGAGACCCUCGUUGACCGAUUAGAAAUGAAAUGGAAAAAUUAGAAAAUAAAAGGAACAAUAAAAAACACUCAAAAUCACCUACCGCCGCACGUCUCGAUUACACGAUCAUAAUAUUCCUCGUUGAUGGAGUAAUGCGUGUAAAUCACUGCAAAAAGUGUAACGUAAUUAUAUGUAUACUAUACACUCGUUAUAAGUGUAAACCUGGUUUGCUAUAUGUGGAGCCAAACAAAACAAAAAUGAAAAUAUGUACGUUCCAGUACAACCUAUAUGUAAUUGCGUAUGUGUAAAAUGUGUAAUAUUCGACACGCUCGAACCGCGGGGACUUUAGUCGCAGUUUGAAAAUAAAAUUUCAUCCAAAAAAAUCAAACAGAAAAUGUUUCACUCUCU